AUGAGUAGCAAACCAAAUUCAAAACGGACUAUUUACGUCGGCGGAUUAGCAGAAGAAGUAGAUGAAAAAGUUCUACAUGCCGCUUUCGUACCUUUUGGAGAUCUUGUCGAUGUACAAAUACCAUUAGAUUAUGAGACUGAGAAGCACAGAGGCUUCGCUUUCAUAGAAUUCGAGAAUGCUGAAGAUGCUGCAGCUGCUAUUGAUAAUAUGAAUGACUCUGAGCUAUUUGGACGGACAGUACGGGUGAACGUAGCAGCACCUCAGAGAAUAAAAGAAGGAUCAACCAGGCCUGUCUGGUCGGAAGAUAGCUGGUUACAGAAACAUGCUGGAGAAACAUUGGAUGUAGACAAAGAUAGUAAAGAAAACGAUAGUACUGAGCAAACAGAAACAGAGAGUCCAGCUGCUGCUAAGCAGGUAACUGAGAAAAAGAAUCCUCAAGUCUACUUUGAUAUAAGUGUUGGCAAACAAGAAGUUGGAAGAGUGAUAAUGAUGCUCCGGGCUGACAUUGUUCCUAGAACCGCUGAGAAUUUUAGAGUGCUGUGCACACAUGAGAAAGGAUUUGGAUACCAGGGUAGCAGUUUUCACAGGAUUAUUCCGGAUUUUAUGUGUCAAGGUGGAGAUUUCACCAAUCACAACGGAACAGGUGGGAAAUCUAUAUAUGGACGUAAAUUUGAAGAUGAAAACUUUAUAUUGAAACACACAGGUCCCGGAAUAUUAAGUAUGGCAAAUUCUGGACCAAAUACUAAUGGAUCACAAUUUUUCCUGUGCACAGCGAAGACAGAGUGGCUUGAUGGAAAACACGUCGUGUUUGGACAUGUUGUAUCUGGAUUGGACGUUUUGAAGAAAGUGGAACGCUAUGGCAGUAAAAGUGGAACAGUCUCAACGAAGGUCAUUAUCAGUAAUUGCGGAGAGUUACAAUAA